UCUUUUGAAUGGCCUCAUCGCUUGCUUCGCAGUUACCACGGCACCACUGCAAAUGGAGAGCACCUCUGGCCCGUUGUGGAGCCUGUGGGAAGAGGCAAGCUGGUGGCCUUCCUCUGCUCCAGCUAUAACCUUUUUCAAAGGACUUCACUUAACACAGUGCACGGCAGGCAAACCAGAUUUAAGAAUGCUAUUACAAUUGGGAAAACUGCACUUCAUCAUCUGUCCAUUGGACUGAAGCAGAUAGAACGGAUGGGAAAAAGUACUGCUUGCCACUGAGAUCCAUAGACGAGAUUCCCAAACUGCUUUGCUGAAGACGUCUAAAGCAGCACAGCCUGGUAUUUUACUGCUCCCAGUUUUGGAUGCAGAAUCCAGACGGUUCUGAAGUACUUGGAAGAUGAGUGUUCUUCUCGUUGAAGCCUUUUAUGGUGGUUCCCACAAACAGCUGAUGGAUCUUCUCCAAGAAGAGCUACAAGAAGACUGUGUCCUCUGUACGCUCCCUGCCAAGAAGUGGCAUUGGAAAGCACGGACUGCUGCUCUUUAUUUCAUGCAAACAGUGCCAACAAGUACUAAUUACAGGAUCCUCUUUGCAAGCUCCGUGCUUAACCUGGCUGAACUCGCUGCCCUCCGCCCUGACCUUGGCAAAUUGAAAAAGGUCCUCUACUUCCAUGAGAACCAAUUGGCAUAUCCUGUCCAGAAAUACCAAGAAAGGGAUUUUCAGUAUGGAUACAACCAGAUUCUUUCAUGUUUGGUUGCUGAUGUUGUGGUGUUCAACUCUGCUUUUAAUAUGGAAUCGUUUCUUACAUCCAUUGGAAAAUUUAUGAAGCUGAUUCCUGACCACAGACCGAAGGAUUUGGAAAAAAUAAUCAGACCGAAGUGCCAAGUUCUUUAUUUUCCAGUCAGGUUUCCUGAUGUGAGCAGGUUCAUGCCAGAACAUAAGCUUGCCUGUUUGGAAAAGGUAAUUGGUGUUAAAAGAAAUGGAGAUGCUUAUCAACUGGAGGGUCUGCCCGGCCAGCAGAAGAGCAGAGCUUUAAUGAAAAACAGCAACGCACAUCGCGAGUCUGGACUUUGUGAAGCCCAGCCUGGACUUUAUACCACACAGCACGAGGGGCUGCCUUCCCCAUUAACAGCACCGGCGAGAUUGAACAAGUCUGAAGCAUCAGAAAGUACAAAUCCUUGUCAAGAAGAAGAUAAGCAACAUCUGACUUUUAACCUCUCUAAUAUCUUGAGUGGACGGGACUAUCAGCAAAGACCUUUACACAUUGCCUGGCCUCACAGGUGGGAACAUGACAAAGAUCCUGAAACUUUCUUCAAAGUCCUGCUGAAACUGAAAGAGAAAGAUCUACCGUUUCAUGUGUCCAUCCUUGGAGAGGCUUUCACUGAAAUUCCAGAUAUCUUUUCAGAGGCCAAAAAAGCGUUGGGAUCUUCUGUCUUGCACUGGGGCUACUUACCCAGCAAAGAUGACUAUUUCCAAGCUCUGUGCAUGGCCGAUGUUGUCAUCUCGACAGCUAAACAUGAAUUCUUUGGCGUGGCAAUGGUCGAAGCUGUAUAUUGUGGCUGUUAUCCGCUGUGUCCCAAAGCCUUGGUGUACCCAGAGAUAUUUCCAGCUGAAUAUCUGUAUUCUACACCUGAACAGCUUUUUAAAAGGCUUCAGAAUUUCUGCAAGAGACCAGAUAUUGUAAGGAAACAUCUCUAUAAGGGCGAGACGGCUGGGUUUUCUUGGGCAGCGCUCGGCGGUAAAUUCAGGUCUCUGCUCGCAGCAGAACCGAGGGAAGAUUUGUGACAGAUGGGGCUAAGUCACAAACUUGCAGCCUCAGGCAGAAUUGUGGAAGUUUCCAGAGUGUGCCCAUAUUUACCUGAUCAGAGAGAAAAGAAAAUCUGCAGAGGAAGCCGAGCCUGGCUGCUUGUCAUAGCUGACACAGAGCCAUCUGCCACAAACCUGUGGCGGCUUCAGAUCUCCAAUCCCUGCCACCACCCCAGCUCAAAUUAAAUACAGAUUCUUAGAGACGUUAUGAUGGUUACACAUGUCCUCGGCAUCACAUGCAGGAGACUGUUCAAAAAAAAUAUGUGGCCUGUUGUGUAACCGCACUCAUGUAUCCCAUAUGUGGUGCCACAUUGAAUUUCCGGUUGAAUCUGUUUUUAUCCUUUGUACUGGAUGACAUGGUGCCUGAAUUCUUUCUUUUCGCCGACACGAUGGCAGCCAAGCUGCAGCUUCAAACGCUCACACUUGGCUGAGUUUCUACCUAGGUUGCCAGGUUAUCAUUGGAGCCUUAUUGUGUCCUCAAAGGGCCACAGGGCCUGAAAGGAGGAUCCGAACGCUGCCGGACUAAUUGGGCAGCCAUCUCCGGGUUGUUU